GCCACUUUGCAAAAUCUCCAGCACGAUUAAUUUGAACCUAUGAUAUCAUUCCGCAAGUGGAAAAGUCCUGGAUUUUUUGUGGCUCACCUUUUUGCACUGAUUGUCUAACAGACUCACACUAGAAAUGCGUUCCCAGUGUACGAGUACUGACAGAUAUCCAAAUGAUGGAAGUGGUCAGAAUGUCGCUGGAGAGCAGCAGGAAAUGGAAGCCAAUGAAUUACGUCGAAAUAAGCGUGAAGAACAGAUUGCUAGAAGACUGAGCACGGGAAACAUUGGGUCAUCUAAUAAUGCGGAAGACAUGUAUCAGGCACAGGCAGACAUUGCAGCGCAGGUUGUGCAUUUCAGUCCUGAGAUGGUCACUGAUCUCGCCAGUCAGGAUCCGCGCAGGAUGUUGAAUGCUGCCCAGAACUUUCGAAGGCUGCUCUCUAAAGAACCUGGACCUCCACCCAUUGACGAAGUGAUAAAUACCGGAAUUCUGCCGCGGUUUGUUCAGUUCCUGCAAAUGACUGAUCUAGUCCAGCUGCAGUACGAGGCGGCAUGGGCUUUGACCAAUGUUGCAUCAGGAACAUCACAACAUACGCGCAGAGUCGUUGAAGUAGGUGCUGUGCCGAUCUUCAUUCGAUUGCUGGAUUCUCCGUCGGAGGAUAUUCAAAAUCAAGCUGUAUGGGCUUUGGGAAACAUUGCUGGAGAUGGCCCAGAAUGCCGCGAUCUGGUGUUGAACGAAGAAAUUCUUCUUCCGUUGAUAAACAUUCUAACCCAUUCGAAGAAUUUAACGGUGGUCCGCAAUUCAGUGUGGGCUCUCUGCAAUUUGUGCCGUGGCAGGACACCGCGGCCAGAUUUUGCCAAGGUGAAACAAGCUUUGCCAAUUUUAGCCCGGCUUUUGUUCCAUUCAGAUGCAGAUGUGCUGACCGAUGCAUGUUGGGCGAUUUCUUACCUGUGUGAUGGUCCAGACGACAAGAUUCAGGCUGUUGUUAAUGCGAGUGUCUGUCCGCGGUUGGUCACCCUUCUAGGUCAUGAUGUUCAAAACGUGGUUUCCUCUGCUUUGCGCGCCGUUGGGAACAUCGUAACAGGAAAUGUCUCCCUGACGCAAAUGGUUUUGAAUAGUGGCGUAUUGCAGCUGUUGAAGCGGCUACUUGUUCGUCAGGACGUAAAAGAAAGCGUUCGUAAGGAAGCUUGCUGGGCGUUGUCAAAUAUCAAUGCAGGAAGCCGCAGUCACAUUCAGCUUGUAAUAGACGCAGGACUUGUUCCAGUUCUCAUAGAGAUCCUGGGUAAUGCUGAAUUUAAGACGCGAAAAGAAGCGGCUUGGGCUAUAUCGAACGCGCUUUCUGGUGGCUCUGAGGAACAGAUUCAAGUGUUCGUACAAGCGGGAUGCAUUCCGCCAAUGUGUGAUCUUUUGGGCAUCACAGAUGCUACUAGGAUCGUACAGGUGGCUCUUAAUAGCGUCGAAAACAUUCUCCGUAUUGGCAAAAAUCGCGUGGAUGAUCGGGGCCGGAAUCCUAACGCGCUUAUCGUGGAGCAUUAUGGAUUGGAAAAGCUGAAAUCCCUUCGAGUGCACGAAACUCCGGAAAUCUGCCUAAAGGCACGGGAAAUUAUUAAGAUUUACUUCGAUGCAGGGGAUGAAAAGAACAAAUUAGGUGGCGGCGAGCAGCCUGUUGGUGAUCCAACGGAAAGUCAGCAACCGUCGCAAGGCUCAUUCCCCUCUAAACCGGAUAUGUCCAACUCCAUCCAUUUCAUUCCUUGUGUAAUAUCAUACAGCGGACCUGUUGAUGUUUCACACGAUUUUGUUGCAAGUAUGCACGGGAAUCCUGCAACCACCGGAGGUUCGGGAAUGGUCCACCGUGACUUUGCCAUCGCAUCCGGCCCCGCUGUUCCACUGUCGGUCCGUCCUGCUGCUCUACCAAAACCAAAGAAAACUAAUUAUGCUAAAUUCUGCUGCAUGCAGUGACUGGAUCGAAAAGUGUGGGCUGUUUCUGGGACUUGGACGCCGAAAGUUGACCAUAAAGGCCCGUUUGAACUAUCCAAAUUUGAAGUAUUAUUUUUUCAGUAUUAUUUUAUAGUUUUACUUCGUGUUUUUUUAGAAAGCGAUAAAAUUAAAAUUCUGGUAGUGCCCCGCACCGCGUAGAUCCUUUGGCUUGAGCUUAGAUUCUCAGUAUUACGAUAACACGAUAACUGAGCUAGUUGGUUAAAUCUAGCCGAAUCUAGUCGGUUCCGAAUCUUUGUCUUUGACUCUUUAUUGAUGUGACAUAGCGCUGAGACUUGGAAACGCUAUUCGGUGCGGAAACAGUGUGAAAGCUUAUCAAACAUUGGAAAUUUCAAUAUCAUUCCUAUUAAAAAUUUA